CAGGCGGCCCCUCGGGCGCCCGCUCAGCGCCGGGCUAGGGGCUGGCGGUGGAGGCGGGGGCUGGCGGAGGAGAGCGGCGCGGCCCGAGUUUAUGCUAAUCAGCGCAGAGCCCGCCUCCCGCCUCCACUCUGCGGCCCCAGCCGCGGGCAGCGCCGGCCACUCGGAGGGACGAAGCCGCCGCGAAGGGCCAGGCGACUAAGUGAGCGAGCUCUGGGGUCCGCGAGUGGCUGUGGGGCCCCGUCCGGCGAGUGGAGGUGGCAGCGUGGCGGGCGGACACCCGCGGGGUCCGCCGCCCGGGGCCAGGUGGAGACGCGGUGGCCGCAAUGGGUCGCCGCCGCCUGCCGGUCUGGCUGUGCGCCGUCGCGGCGCUGCUCUCGGGGGCGCAGGGUAAGGGCGCGCCGCUCCUCUCUCGGCCAGUGCAGCCCGGCGCCUCCCGCUACAGCCUCUACACGACGGGAUGGCGCCCCCGGCUGCGCCCGGGGCCGCACAAGGCCCUCUGUGCCUAUGUUGUGCACAGGAAUGUGACCUGCAUUCUACAGGAGGGAGCAGAGAGCUACAUAAAGGCUGAAUUCCGGCAGUGUGGAUGGGGGCCCAAGUGCCCUGGAACAGUCACGUACCGCACAGUGCUCAGACCCAAAUACAAGGUUGGCUACAGGACAGUGACAGACCUCACCUGGCGUUGCUGCCCAGGCCUCACUGGAGAACGCUGCCCUGAGCACCUCACGGAUCAUGGGGCCACCCCACCCCAGCUGAAUCCUGAAGCCCAGGUUCCCUCAGGGCAGGCGGGCUCAGGUCCCAGGCCCCCUGCUUACAGCCAGGUGGCCCCGGGUCCCCAUGGAAGAAAAGGCCUAGGGCUAUUGGGUGAGCGCCUGGGACGCCUGGAGGGUGAUGUCCAGCACCUGGCACAAGUAUAUAGCACCCUCAGUGGUCUGGUGGCUAGCCAUGAGGACCCCAACAGGAUAACUGGGGACUCCAGAGCUCCUGCUGCCCCUGUGGGUUUGGGGGUCUUCCCAGAAGGGCAUGUGGAUCCAGGAGACAGAGCAGGAGGACCACUCACAGCUCCCCUGGGUGAGAUCCUGAGCAAGUUAACAGAAGUGAGCAACACGCUUCGCAGCAAGGUGCAGCUGCUAGACGAGGUGCAUGGACUCGCCCUCAGCCACGAGGCCCACCUGCAGCAGCUUCGGGAAGCCCCGCCAUCCCCGCUGACCUCUCUGGCACUGCUGGAGGAAUAUGUGGAUCAACGGCUACAGCGACUCUGGGGGAGCCUGCUGGGUGGCUUUGAGCAGAAGCUGCAAGGCAUCCAGAGCGAGUGUGACCUUCGGGUGCGGGAGGUGCGGCAACAGUGUGAGGAGGGCCAGGCAGCCAGCCAGCAGCUACACCAGAGCCUUGACGGCCGGGAGCUGGCCCUGCGCCGGGAGCUCUCACAGCUGGGCACUCAGCUGCAAGGCCUGAGUGUGGCUGGCGGGGCCAGUUGCUGCGGCCAGCUGGCCUUGAUCAGUGCCCGUGUGGACAAUCUUGGGAAGAACCUGCGGGCAGUUGUGGAGGCCCACAAGGGCCCUGGCACCUCAGCCAGGGAUGAGCUUGAGCAUCUGUCUGCUGCCAUGAUUGAGGGAGGUGUGGAUGGGCUGCUUGAGGGCCUGGAGACCCUCAAUGGGACAGAGAAUGGAGCGAGCAGCUGCUGUCUGAGGAUGGAGCUGGGAAGCUGGGGUGUGGGUGGCUUCGGGUCCAUGCUGGAAGAGCGUGUGCAGAACCUAGAGGAUCGCCUGGCGACAUUAAUUGGAGAGCUAAAUCAGGACAGCAUCCCACUGGGCAGGUCUGUGCGGCCCCUCGUGCCGACAGAGCUGGCCGUGCUAGAACAACGGCUGGUCUCCCUGGAGACCUCAUGCACCCCCAGUACCACGUCAGCCACCCUGGACAACCUCGUGUCAGAGGUGAAGGCCUGGCAGAGCCGGAGCGAGACCCUCCUACACCAGGUGGCCAGCCACACGGCUCUGCUACAGCAGCUCAAUGGCACUGUGGCUGAAGUCCAGGGGCAGCUGGCAGGAGGGACGGGCAGCUCACUCCAAGGUGAAAUCACUCUACUGAAGGUCAACCUGAACUCAGUGAGCAAGUCGCUCACAGGCCUCAGUGACUCUGUCAGCCAGUACUCUGAUGCUUUCUUGGCUGCCAAUACAUCUCUGGAUGAGCGGGAACGCAAGGUGGAGGCUGAAGUCCACGCCAUCCAGGACCAGGUCAGCAGCCAAGGCUCAAGGCUCCGGGCUGGCCACAGGCAGGUCCUGAACCUGCAGGGGGAGCUAGCGCAGCUCAAGGCUGGUAUGGCCAAUGUGGCCAGGGGGCUGAGCCGCUGCCAGGACACCGCCCGAGAACUCCAGCGUGCCGUGGGCCACUUCGACCAGCGGGUGGCACAAGUGGAGGGCAUGUGCAGGAGGCUCGGCCUACUGGCUGCCAGCCUGGACAGCUUGCCCACCGAGCCACUUAGGUCCAGGGAGGGCCUGUGGGGCCACGUGGACCAGCUGAAUCGCACACUAGCCCAGCACACAGAGGACAUCGCCCAUCUCCGAGAUGACCUGCUGGACUGCCGGGCCCAAUUGGCUGAGCAGGUGAGGCUAGGGCAAGCCGACUAGGCAGCCUGGAUAGGAUCCAAGCAUCAGAUCGCAUCAACUCUGGGAACAGCAUCCCAGAGCCCAGUCUUACCCAGCCGGGCCUCCAGGCCUCCCGGGACCAGCCCAGCUGCCACCUCAGAGGCCGUUGGACCAACAGUAUCAGUCCAGCGUCGUAUGACUAUCCUGGUCAUCAGUGCUCCACAAACUAGACAAUUCAGGAUAGUGAUCAAGGCAAGGAUGUCAUGCAUGAAGGCCAGGAUGGACUUCAAAGAGCACACAUUCCAUGGCCUACAACUUGCUUUUUUACAGACACAUUGGAGUUAGCAACUGUGCAAGUUCUCCUUGCCCAUUCUCAGACAGGGGCCUAUCCACAGCUCCCUUUGCCCACAGUGGGUAGCGUCAGCCCUUGGAGAUUUCUGUUCCCUUGUACCUUGGCUUCUACCAUAGCCAUCUGGAUGAGGGUUCUGCAGGAAAGUGGUCCCCACUGGAACUAUCCUCACACAUGGCAGCUUCAUGGAUGCUGUUUCUGAACCAAGGACCAGAAGCCACCAGAGGUUUCCAACUCCCCACAUCCUUCAGAACUGAAGGGAAGCACAGAGACCCACUGAGGGUUUUCUUUAUUUUUUCUGAUCCUCCCUCAAGGUGAGGACUGAGGCAGCUGUAGAUUCCUAGACCAAAGAGUGAUAUCCAGGCAAUCUGUUUGGAGACUUCACUUUAUUUUUUUUUUUUCCUUUCCUUCCCCCAAAGACGUUUUCAGGGCUCUGGUCCUCUUCUUUCCAGUUGGAGAAAAAUCUCCUGUUCCCACAGAUCAGUACCUCUCUCCUAAGUGUGGCUUUAAUGUAUAUGGAGGCCCAAAGGAAGCCAGACCCUGAGAAAGCCAUAGCUGGGGGAACAGGAGAUUAGGCCUUGCUUUUAACACCCUUACAAAACCCUAGCCCUGCCAGGAUGAUCACAGAGAGGUAAGCAAUUCAGGUAUGAAACCAUCAAGGCACAACUGGAAAAACACAAGUGUUCCUCAGGCCCACACAAUUCCCACCUGUGCCGAGGCUGUUGGCCUUGGUUCCCCUCACGGUGGCAUGGGCCUCCUGUGCUGUCUGCAGGACCCCUUCUGAACAUUCGGUGCUGUGCCCUCCACCCUGGCACCAUGGGAGGAGGGCAGAUUCUGGAUUAAAGCUUUCAGCCAGUCUAAAA